AUGAUUAUGUGCUCUUUUGCUCACGUGCUCAUGCAUUCAUGUGCUCAUGCAUUCAUGUGCUCAUGCAUUCAUGUGCUCAUGCAUUCAUGUGCUCAUGCAUUCAUGUGCUCAUGCAUUCAUGUGCUCAUGCAUUCAUGUGCUCAUGCAUUCAUGUGCUCAUGCAUUCAUGUGCUCAUGCAUUCAUGUGCUCAUGCAUUCAUGUGCUCAUGCAUUCAUGUGCUCAUGCAUUCAUGUGCUCAUGCAUUCAUGUGCUCAUGCAUUCAUGUGCUCAUGCAUUCAUGUGCUCAUGCAUUCAUGUGCUCAUGCAUUCAUGUGCUCAUGCAUUCAUGUGCUCAUGCAUUCAUGUGCUCAUGCAUUCAUGUGCUCAUGCAUUCAUGUGCUCAUGCAUUCAUGUGCUCAUGCAUUCAUGUGCUCAUGCAUUCAUGUGCUCAUGCAUUCAUGUGCUCAUGCAUUCAUGUGCUCAUGCAUUCAUGUGCUCAUGCAUUCAUGUGCUCAUGCAUUCAUGUGCUCAUGCAUUCAUGUGCUCAUGCAUUCAUGUGCUCAUGCAUUCAUGUGCUCAUGCAUUCAUGUGCUCAUGCAUUCAUGUGCUCAUGCAUUCAUGUGCUCAUGCAUUCAUGUGCUCAUGCAUUCAUGUGCUCAUGCAUUCAUGUGCUCAUGCAUUCAUGUGCUCAUGCAUUCAUGUGCUCAUGCAUUCAUGUGCUCAUGCAUUCAUGUGCUCAUGCAUUCAUGUGCUCAUGCAUUCAUGUGCUCAUGCAUUCAUGUGCUCAUGCAUUCAUGUGCUCAUGCAUUCAUGUGCUCAUGCAUUCAUGUGCUCAUGCAUUCAUGUGCUCAUGCAUUCAUGUGCUCAUGCAUUCAUGUGCUCAUGCAUUCAUGUGCUCAUGCAUUCAUGUGCUCAUGCAUUCAUGUGCUCAUGCAUUCAUGUGCUCAUGCAUUCAUGUGCUCAUGCAUUCAUGUGCUCAUGCAUUCAUGUGCUCAUGCAUUCAUGUGCUCAUGCAUUCAUGUGCUCAUGCAUUCAUGUGCUCAUGCAUUCAUGUGCUCAUGUGUGACGAAGUGAUUAAGGGCAGGAGGAUAGAGGAGGGCGCAAGAGAGUGA